AUGGCGGAGCUCGGUAAGAAGUACUGCGUGUACUGCCUGGCCGAGGUGAGCCCGCUGCGCUUCCGCUGCACCGAGUGCCAGGACAUCGAACUGUGCCCCGAGUGCUUCUCGGCCGGCGCCGAGAUCGGCCACCACCGCCGCUACCACGGCUACCAGCUGGUGGACGGCGGGCGCUUCACGCUGUGGGGGCCCGAGGCCGAGGGCGGCUGGACCAGCCGCGAGGAGCAGCUGCUGCUGGACGCCAUCGAGCAGUUCGGCUUCGGAAACUGGGAAGAUAUGGCUGCUCACGUUGGGGCUUCCCGGACUCCCCAGGAAGUGAUGGAGCAUUACGUAAGCAUGUACAUCCACGGAAACCUGGGGAAAGCCUGCAUCCCUGACACCAUCCCCAAUCGGGUGACAGACCACACCUGCCCCAGUGGAGGCCCCCUCUCUCCCAGCCUCACUACCCCCUUGCCUCCCCUAGACAUCUCGGUGGCCGAGCAGCAGCAGCUGGGCUACAUGCCGCUGCGGGACGACUAUGAGAUCGAGUAUGACCAGGACGCCGAGACGCUCAUCAGCGGGCUCUCGGUGAACUACGACGAUGACGACGUGGAGAUCGAGCUGAAGCGUGCCCACGUGGACAUGUACGUGCGGAAGCUCAAGGAGAGGCAGAGGCGGAAGAACAUCGCCCGUGACUACAACCUGGUGCCGGCCUUUCUGGGGAAGGACAAGAAGGAGAAGGAGAAGACGGCCAAGCGCAAGAUCACCAAGGAGGAGAAGGAGCUGCGGCUGAAGCUGAGGCCGCUCUACCAGUUCAUGUCCUGUAAGGAGUUUGAUGACUUGUUUGAAAACAUGCACAAAGAGAAGAUGCUGCGGGCAAAAAUCAGAGAAUUGCAGAGGUACCGGCGCAACGGAAUCACGAAGAUGGAAGAGUCGGCAGAGUACGAGGCGGCCAGGCAUAAGCGCGAGAAGCGGAAGGAGAACAAAACCACCGCGGGCUCCAAGAGGGGGAAGGAGGACGGCAAAGAGAGCGAGUUUGCCGCCAUCGAGAACCUUCCUGGCUUUGAGCUCUUGUCGGACCGCGAGAAGGUACUCUGCAGCUCUUUAAAUUUGAGUCCCGCUCGCUAUGUGACUGUGAAGACCAUUAUCAUUAAAGACCACCUCCAGAAGCGACAAGGGAUUCCCUCCAAAAGUCGCCUUCCGAGUUAUCUGGACAAAGUCCUCAAGAAAAGGAUUCUGACCUUCCUCACGGAAAGCGGCUGGAUAUCCAGGGAUGCUUCCUGAAGCCGAGUCUCCCUGAAGCUGGAAUGAUGCUAAAACAGCUUGUGAGCCAAAAGGACUUGGGGGGCGGGGGGACAGGAAAUGCUUUUUUUCCCUAUUAUUGCUCUUUUUAAAACAAAUUUGGGUUCCCUUUUUAGGAUAUAAAUUCUCUUCAUGGUCCUCUGAAAGAAGCAAUAGUAACAAUCUUAUAUUGGAUCGUGGGGGAAACAAAUAUGUGUGUAUUUUAACUUAGUUCUAAAGGUAAUUCUUUAAGAUGACGAUUUGCCCUUAUGUGUUCAGUUGGGAGAAUAUUAUGAGAUUGGCUAUUUCCUUCUCUGAGUUUCUUCCCUUUGGUACACAACAAUUGUGCUGUGGGUAAAAGGAACAACUUUCCCUGCUGGGCCUGCCAGCUGCCAGCUUUCCCCUGUGACACAAGCUCUAGCUGGUUGCCGGGGGUCCCCUGGGGACACAGCCAAAACACGUGGCACUUUAGAUGGGGGCCGGGCAGGGCAGGUGGGAAGUGAGGCCCAGGGACAGGGUGUCUUCCUUAGGAAAUUUAGAGGAAGAAGCCGGUGCUGAGCAGUGACCGGAUGAGCCUCCCCUCGCUGUCGGCAGGAGGGGAGUCUGCGCCCUCGCCUCAUUUCCUGUGGGCAGAGCCCGCUGGCUCGCUUUGGGAAAGAGCAGUGCCCGGCAGGCUCCCUGGCGUCCCAAGGGGUGCUCUGGGGGGACACAGGAAGACUAGCAUAGACUGCCAGAACCCUGAGCCAGCUCUCCUAGGGGGGCUGCUUCUCACUGCUGAUUACUUGCAGUACAUUUUUUUGGGAAGAACGUUUUAGAAAGUUCAAGGCUGAGAGCUGUGAGAUCUGGCAUUAGCUGCCUCCGGCAUUUUCAUCACAGUUGCAAGUACCUUUUUCACUGAACUCUGACCAUGCUAGCCUGGCUAAGCGUCUGUCUUCAGGUGGUGUCGCGCUCUGCAGACCAGCCAGGGAGAGCAGGUGGCUCCUGAGCAGGCUCCCGCAGAGCAGAAGGGAGGGGCCUCGAGGCCGUGCGCUGCUCUCUGGCUCACGUCUUGGACGUCUCGGCCGUGGCUUCUGCCCAGCCCUACCCAGAAGUUUUUCCAGGGGCCCUGUUUCACGGACGUACACGGUACCUUCCUUCUGGAACUUGAGGAAGUCCUUUGUCUUCCGGCUGCCCAGGGUUCUCCUGUCCGAGACCCUGCUUAGAGUCGGCGGAGUGACCGCAGACCCAGCGCUCCAUGCCCCCAGGAGCUAGUCCUGCUGCUCCUGUCCCCACAGCCACCAAGAGGCUGUUUACCUCCCAGUGUUGGGGCUUGAAGUUACAUUAAAGCGAAGUUAUUUGAAAGGAAAAAAACCUCAUUGUUUCCAAGGAUGACUUACUUACGGUGCCUUUUCUUUUUACAUCCUUCUGUCCCCUUGGGUAGACUUUUCAGCAUUAAACAUUUCAAAUACGUUGUAUAUGGCUUUAGUUGUAAAAUACAUUGCAUGCUGGCAGAGAAGCGCUCCCCGUUAACUCAGCCUGGGACUUCUCUCUGACAAUAGACAAUUGUGAGCAGUGGUACUACUCCUGAGGGCCGCCUCCACAUUGUCCCCUGCAGGACAACUACGGCUGACAGAGCGCCGCUGCUGUCUACCACUGAGCAGUGAGGGAGAUGGUGCUAAGUUUUUACAGGUAUCUUAGCCAGUGCUGCUCACCUGGGGCUCCUGGACCAGCAGCGCCAGCAUGCCCCGCGCACCGGCUGGCAGCGCCCUUGGGCCUCCCCCAGUCCUCCAGAAGCUCGGGGGCGGGGCUGGGGGAGCUGUUUCCACAGGCCUUCCGAGACUGGACGCGAGCUGCAGUCGGAGAGCCACUGGCGUCAGCUCCUCGGAAUGAAAUCACCACCGAUUUUCUACAUCAGAUUCCUAGUUUGGUGAGGUUUUAAAUUUAGUCUUAUUUUUAUAUAAAAUGAUUGCCAGACUUUCAUUAAGCUUAAGAAGCAAAAGGUCCCUGUAAAUGUGCGUGGCUCAGGCCAAGAGCUGUCAAAUGAAAACCUUUGUGCUUAAGCAGGUUUUUAGUAUGUAUAUCUUUUUGAUGGUAUGAAGAAUUUAUUUAGGCUUGACUGUUUAAAACACCAUAAUGAAUGUAUAAUUAAUUUAUGUUAAAGUAUUAACACUUUGUUACAAGGGAAAGGUAAUCUUAUGCUCAGUUGCCUCGUACCCAUCAAUUCCAGCUGUUAGGGUCACAUUAGCUCUUACCUCUGCUGUUAGCUCAGAGCCUUUACAUUUCUGCAUUUAAUUCUCAUGAUAAGUUAGUCACCAGAAUCUCAUGGAAUUAGGUCUUUUCGAAAUUAAAACUGUAACUUUGUGUCAAGUUCGGUAAUUCAGCUAUUCAAAAUAAUGCUCUCUGGAUGGCCCACAUUCCAGGAAUGUAUUAAACCGAAACUGACCACCGCUGUUACUCCCCUUUUACACAUUAAACAAGUUGAGAACAAAA